AAACCACACUUUUGUCAUAAAAAUCGGAAUCAAAUAAAAAAUUAAAUAAAAAAAGAAAAAGGAAAACGUAGCUUACGGGGAAAAUUGGCAAAUAAAGAAGAGAGAUUCAAGUUUGUUUUCCUUCUCUUCGAGGCCGUGAAGUUUCUGAUUCUCUUUUUACUUUCUUUCUCUUUCAGGGGAUUUUUCUGAUGGUUCUUGACGAUAAAGUUGCGAUUUUGCUGUGAAACUCUGUUUCUCUUUGUCGUUUUGCUCCCAAGAUGUUGUCGUUUUCAAGAAUAUAGUUUUGCUCUGGGAAUAACGGUUCUAGUUUUGCACUGAAUCGUUGGUUAGAUAGGUUUAUUUGAAGUGAAAUUGGCAACCCCUCGUUGUGGAACUCAAUUCAACUUGGUCAGAGGCAGUAGAGGUGCCUUUCUUGGUUAAAAAAUGGUUGAAUCAAUUGCUGCAACUUCGCUCCUUGGUCACCGUCCUAUUUGUGGUGGAAGUUUGACCAGAGAUGUUUCUGGUAAACGCAAAUCUUUGAAUACUUGUAGGUUCCCAACAACUGAGUUUCUUGGUGGAAGGAUUGAUGUUUCUCUGCAUUUGUCUAAAUCUAAAUCUGGUAGCUUUUUGUCAUCUUCAAUUAUGGCCUUGGCUGUGGAGCUCACAAGAGAAGCAUAUUCUUAUAGGGAAGAGAAAUUUCCCAAAAGAGAUAGCAUGAUAGAUAGUGGCUUUGAUCCUAGACCUGGUUUGUGGCCUCCAGCAAAUAGAGCAGAUAAGCCUUCACUUCGGAAUCCAUUGCUUCGGCAAGAGAGGAUGGGAUGUGGCUGGUUGGGUGCUAUAUUUGAGUGGGAGGGUGUUAUCAUUGAAGACAACCCUGACUUGGAGAAACGAGCUUGGCUAACCCUAUCUCAAGAAGAAGGCAAACCCUCUCCUCCUACUUUCAUCCUUAAGAGAAUAGAAGGGAUGAAGAAUGAGCAGGCAAUUUCCGAAGUGCUGUGUUGGUCUAGGGAUCCAGCAGAAUUAAGAAGAAUGGCUAACAGAAAGGAAGAAAUCUACCAAUCUUUGCAAGGUGGGAUACAUAGUCUCAUGCCCGGGUCUAAGGAGUUUGUGAGUGUUUUGAUGCAUUAUAAGAUACCAAUGGCAUUGGUUUCCACGCGUCCUAGAAAAACUCUUGAGUCUGCUAUUGGGGAAAUUGGUAUUGAGGACAAUUUCAGUGUCAUUGUAGCAGCAGAGGAUGUUCACAGGGGAAAGCCUGAUCCAGAAAUGUUUGUGUAUGCCACCCAGCUUUUAAACUUCAUACCUGAGAGGUGCAUUGUGUUUGGAAACUCAAACCAAACAGUGGAGGCUGCUCAUGAUGCGCGGAUGAAGUGCGUAGCUGUUGCUAGCAAGCAUCCUGUCUACGAGCUUGGGGCUGCAGACUUAGUUGUCAGGCGCCUAGAUGAGCUUUCAGUGGUUGAUUUGAAGAAUCUUGCAGACAUUGAAUUGUCUGAAUUUGGGUCUGGGGAACCUGAGGUGGAGCUGGAGAUGGAAAAAGAUUAUGACACAUCUUCAGUUGAUGACUCUUUCUGGUAAAUUCUAAAAAUGUACAGUUGAUUAAACUUCAUCUGAUUCUUGAUGAUAUUAGUUACAGGUUAGUUACUUGUGUAUAUGGCAAACAGAAUAAAUGGGGGGAAAAUGAUAAGCGAUGUGCAUUGAACAUUGAUGUUACUGCUACUGUAUUUCUGUCUAUAUACAUUCACGGUACUUUUAGAUUUGAUUUACUGGUUUUUCAAUCCAUAAUAUAGAAUACAAAUUAUCUCAUGAAGUUUAGG